AUGUCGAUACCCCAUGUCCUUCCGCCGCCCCUGAAACUGUUCCCACGAUUCGACGACCAGCCCUUCUUGCGAGGGCCGAGUACUCUGCAUCCCUAUCCGGCCCAGGUUCCCACGAACUGGAUACAUCCGCCGGUACGGCUUGCGUGCGCCCAAGCCCCAGCUCCCAUUCCUGUUCCCCUGCUUCCCAAGAAGCGGUCGUGUUCACCCAACGAAGCCAUCUCAGCAUGGAGCCCCGUCUACCACGAACUGUACGGAACACCGCCCUCGUCACAUCACAAUAACCAUCCGCUCCAGUGGGCCCAGUCACCACAGACUCGCUCGUCGGUCCCGGCUCUUCACUCCAUCGGCGGUCACAGCCGCUAUACCGACAGGCCCUUGCCUGCCGAGCUCGAGUGUGCUCAGUGCUGCGGCUGCCCUGCUCUCCACCCGCACGAUGUCAAGCUGUCUCCUGGCUGUGCUGGAAUGGCCUUCCAGCCUCAUGCGGUCCCUAUGGGCCUUUCCCGGGCAGAGCUCACCAAAGCAUGUGUGGCCAGCACAUAUCAAGCUUCCAAGACGUCCACCUUCGAGACCGGGAUCGUGACGCCGAUCUCGGGCGAUCUGCCUUUUCUUCCAACCCAGAGGUCCCCGCCACCUGCCACCAUCCGGACCGCUGCCCCGCCAUACGAGCCGCAAUCUCCUUCAAAAACACCUGCUCCGCUACCCCAACCAGUUUAUACGCCCUCAUUGUAUCUGUGCCAGCGCGAGUCCUUGCCCCAGGCCAAGGCUAAGCCUGGAUCGUUCGAGGGGGAGGAUGUGUUCAACCAUCCCGCCAAGCGGCAAAAGUGCGGCCGAAACGAGAGUGCGUCUGGUCUGCGGUUUAUCGCAGUAUCAGUGGGUGCUCAGACCCCGGAGCCACAGAUUCGCCCGGGCUGUGCCAUCUCACUCCAGUCCCAGCAUCAGCACCCGAGUCAGUAUCAGCACCAGCACCAGCACCAACAUCAACAUCAACGGCAACAUCAGGCUCAAGUGUAUCCCCAUAUCCUCAUCAACCAGGAGCUGCCUGCUCAUGCCGAUCAACGCCCACCCCACAAGCGGCUCGACAAAGAGCUCGCUUCGGCAAAGUCUCCCAACGAUGGCAAGGAGUAUCCCAUCUCCGAGAUCGUGUCGGACAACGGGAAACGCAAAUGGGUCGUUCUUCGGCCUCUCGGCAAGGGCGGAUGCGGAGAAGUCUAUCUGGGACGCGAGGUCAUCAGUCAGCCAGGAUCCAAAGAGUCCCUGUCGUCCGAGUAUGUGGCUCUGAAACAAAUCCAGGACCACAAGCAAUAUUUGUCUGAGCUCAAGACCAUGAAGAUCCUCGACAGCCACAAACAGGGUCGAGGUCCAACGCCCAAGCUGAUUGCAUCCUGCAAGAAGAAGAAUGUCUUGAUCAUGGAGUAUCUGUCGGACACGCUGUCGAAGCAGUUCGAGAGGUGCAACUACCGGUUCAGCGUCAAAACGAUCUUGAUGCUUGCGAUUGAUAUGCUGGAGGUCUCGCGCGACUUUUACUGUCGAACGGGGCACGUUCACAUCGACAUCAAGCCAUCCAACUACUGCACCGGAGGCAGCGGCGACCGCCUGUCGCUCAUCGACUUUGGAUACUCGACGCCUCCACAAGAACGCCUGCCUGGACAGACAGGAACGCCGCUCUUCAUGGCCCUGGGCAUCCAAGUGUUUGGCUCCUCCUUCGUCGCCGUAGAUCCGUCGUGGCAAGACGAUCUUGAGUCGAUCGGAUAUGUCCUCAUGUUCUUCAUCGCCGGUGGCAAGCGAGGGCUUCCAUGGGGACACCUGCGCACACACAUGGAGAUUGCCCAGGGCAAGAGCGACAGCUGCCUCAAGGAGUUCAUCCGGGCGCUCGACACGACCGAGUACAGCGUCCUGGCGCGGUGUCUCGAGGAGCACCUGGCUCUGACCCGAGACCGCAGCCGGCCGUUUGUGCCCGACGCCCACUACUCGAUUCUGCUGGGCAACUGGAUGAACUGCUUGGUCCGCCUGGGGCUCACCUACGAUCGCAAGUACGACUGGCUCGAGCUUUCCAAAAAGUCGCACUCGGACCAUGGGACGGGGGCUGCAACCGCGACCGCGGCCGUGGCGCUCGUGAAAUGA